UCCAGCUGCCGCACUGCCGACAACAGCCGGCCACCAGACUCCAGUCCCCUUUCCUUCACAGCAGCACAGCAAGCAAGACUAGCCAUGUGGCACGGCUGGUGGCUGUGGUCCCUGGUGGCUGUCUGCGUGGCAGACACGUUCAGAGAGCAGGCAGAGAGGAUCAUGCAGGGCACUCCUGUCAUCGAUGGGCACAAUGACCUGCCCUGGCAGCUGCUGACCAAGUUCAACAACCGGCUGGGAGACCAGCGGGCCGACCUCCACACCCUGAGUGGCACACACACCAACAUCCCCAAGCUGAAGGCUGGCUUCGUGGGCGGCCAGUUCUGGUCGGCAUACACUCCCUGCGAUACUCAAAACAAAGACGCCGUGAAGAGGACGCUGGAGCAGAUGGACGUCAUCCACCGCAUGUGUCAGAGGUACCCGGAGACCUUCACCUGCGUCACCAACAGCUCAGGAAUCAGGCAAGCCUUCCAAGACAAGAAAGUGGCCAGCCUCAUUGGCGUGGAAGGCGGCCACUCCAUUGACAGCAGCCUGGGCGUCCUGCGCGCGCUCUACCACUUGGGCAUGCGUUACCUGACCCUGACUCACAGCUGCAACACUCCCUGGGCUGACAACUGGCUGGUGGACACAGGAGAGAAUGAUGCCGAGAGCCAGGGCCUGUCACCCUUUGGGGAGUUGGUGCUGAAGGAGAUGAACCGCCUGGGUGUCCUUGUGGACCUGGCCCACGUGUCCAAAGCCACCAUGCUUGCUGUUCUGAAAAAGUCUGCAGCUCCGGUCAUCUUCAGCCACUCCUCGGCCUACGAGAUCUGCCAGCACAGGCGCAAUGUGCCUGAUGACGUGCUGCGGCUGGUGAACCAGACAGGCAGCCUGGUGAUGGUGAACUUCUACAACGACUACGUGUCAUGCGGACAGGAGGCCACACUCUCCCAAGUAGCAGACCACUUGGAUCACAUCAAGAAGGUGGCGGGUGCUGGAGCAGUGGGCUUUGGUGGGGACUUUGAUGGCGUUUCCAGGGUGCCCGUGGGCCUGGAGAAUGUGUCCAAAUACCCAGACCUGGUGGCCGAGCUGCUGCGGAGGCAGUGGACAGAGGCGGAGGUCCGGGGUGCCCUGGCUGACAACCUGCUGCGAGUCUUCGAGAGAGUGGAGCAGGUGAGCAGUCAGAGUCACACACAAACUCCCGAGGAGGAGCCCAUCGACCUGGACAAGGUGGAGGGGUCCUGCAGGACCAAGUACGGCUACUCCGCUGCCCCUGGCUUCCACCACCAGCUGGGGAUCCUGCCGGCCGCCCUCACCCUGGUCCUGCUGAGCAGUGGGUGCCCACUAUGAGGCCCGGGACCAGACACUGCCCUCCAACUCCUUGAGCAGAGACUAGCUGAUUAAGCAGAGAUUUCGCCAGUUGCCCCGAGCUCAAGGCAAGGGACACAUGGGAUCUCAAUAAAGGCCCUGACUGCCCCCUUCCA